GUGAUCAAGGACACUCUGGCGCAUGUGGUUGACGUCACCACAUCGACUCCACGUUUUCUCUGAGGAUCGUGUUUAGUCAUGGCUAAAAAUAAGUCAAAAAGUCAGAAACAGAAGAACGUUUUCCAAGUGGCGAACAAACACACAAAGCACAAAAACAAAGCAAAACCUGUCACCACAAGCCUAAAACGUAUUAAUGCUUGUAAAAAUGAAAAAGUGGACAACAUAAACAAAAUAUUCACCAAUGUUCAAAGGGAGGUUAAAAGUUUGUCAAAAUGUACAGUGCAGGAACCAAAACUGCAGACUCAGGUCACCAAAGUUCAGCCUACUGAAAUGCUAAAUGUGGAUGACACUACCCAGCUGUUUUCUCAGCUAUAACCAAUCAGUUGAUGAAAAAGACCAGAAUGAACUGUGUAACAAUAUAAUGCUUUAUUCUUACAUUUUCAUGUAAAACUUUGGUCUAUUAAAAAUGUGCAAUUUUACAUUUGUACAAAAAAUACAGAAAA